AGAAGCAUCGAGUUAGACAGACAAAUCUUUUGUCACAACGACGAUAGUAAUGCAUCAAAUCAUAAUAAAGGGCGUUAACUCGGCCCGUCUGUUGACCGGCAAAAAUAUUUCAUCGCAACAAUUGGGAAGAGUGAUUCCAAGGAAUGUCAAACAAUUCAGUUCCCUAUUAAAUAAUACCAAAGCUACGAAAACCCAGAAAAAAACAUUUUCAAUAAUAAACAGGGCAAUAAAAAGAGAGCAAAACAAUACUGCAAUAAGUAUUGAGAACGUUUAUUGCUAUCAUCUCAUUGUAGUGGUUGGAGCGACAUUUGAAAGCAGUUCUGAACGAUUUCGUGCAGGCACACUAUUCAGAAAUACUUGGAAUCAUCAGUUCAGGAAUUUAUCAAAAAGUUACUGUGGAAAAAUGGCUCCAAUUUUAGCGCCCACUGUUAAAUUGAACAAUGGUUACGAAAUGCCCGUACUCGGUUUGGGCACAUACGAGUCUAAGGACAAUGAAGGAGAAAUUGCUGUGAAACAUGCCAUUGAUGUGGGAUAUCGCCACAUUGACACAGCAUAUUUCUACAAAAAUGAAGCGGAAAUUGGUAAAGCCAUAAGAGAUAAAAUUGCUGAAGGUGUGGUCAAACGAGAGGAUAUCUUUUUGGUAACCAAGUUGUGGAGUAUUCAUCAUGAACCUGAACGUGUGGAGGGAGCAUGCCGCAAACAAUUACAGCUGCUGGGUCUGGAUUAUAUAGAUUUGUAUUUGAUGCAUUUGCCGGUGGCAUACAAAUAUGUCGACGAAGAUACCUUAUUGCCCAAAAACGAGGAUGGUGUAUUGCAAAUGACUGAUGCCGACUAUUUGGAUACCUAUAAGGCUAUGGAACAAUUAGUCAAACUAGAUUUGGUACGCAGCAUAGGCGUCUCAAAUUUCAACAGUGAACAAUUACAACGUGUCUUGGAUAAUUGCGAAAUAAAACCAGUUACCAAUCAGGUGGAAUGUUCCCCAGCCUUGAAUCAACGAAAGCUGACUCAAUACUGCAAGGAACGUGGUGUUACACUUACGGCAUACUGUCCCCUUGGUCGCCCCAGGCCAGCAGAAAACAAGCCAGAUUUUUGUUAUUCGGAAAAAACAAAAGCUCUGGCCGAGAAAUACAAGAAGACACCAGCUCAAAUUAUUCUACGUUAUUUGGUCGACAUCGGUACUAUUCCCAUUCCAAAAUCAGCCAACCCACAACGCAUUACUGAAAAUUUCAAUAUUUUUGAUUUUAAGCUAUCGGAAGAGGAUAUAGCCACGAUGGAUGCAUUCCACACAGGUGAACGUCUGGUGCCAUUCAAUUUGAUAAAAGGUCAAAAUCAUAAGUACUGGCCUUUUAACAUUGAAUUUUAAGUUGUGCCAUGAUAAAAGUGUAAAAUUGUAAUAAAAAGAACAUAAAAACAAACAA